CUUGUGGGAGGGUAAACAGGUUUUGGGCUUGUGGAGUUUGGGGGUGGACCUGGAGAACAGGGACCGGCGACGGUGAGCUGUUUUCCUCCACGGCCCCUCCUCCUCCUCCACCAUAUGAACCUGCUCUCCUCUGAAUCCUAUCCCAUUCAGUGACAAUCACUUGGCUAACAGAGGACCUCAUCCCAGAAAGAGACAAACAAGACACGGGCUUACGUCACUGCGAGAGAGGAACAGCACACGGCCGAGAGAGACAACUAAGUUUCAUUGGAAGGAACUCAAAGAGUAAAAUCCGCUGUCCGCCAUGGUGUCUGCUGGGUUUCAAAUACUGGGCUCGGCUCUGGGGAUCCUGGGCUGGAUUGGUGCCAUCAUUGUGUGCGCCCUUCCCAUGUGGAAGGUCACCGCUUUCAUUGGCAGCAACAUCGUCACCUCGCAGACCUCCUGGGAAGGCAUAUGGAUGAGCUGUGUGGUCCAGAGCACCGGUCAGAUGCAGUGUAAGGUCUACGACUCCAUGCUGGCCCUCAGCUCGGACCUACAGGCUGCCAGGGCCCUGACCAUCAUCGCCAUCGUGGUGGGGGUCUUGGCUAUCCUGCUCUCUGUUGCCGGGGGCCAGUGCACCAACUGUGUGGAGGAUCCGUCAUCCAAAGCCAAGGUGGGCAUUGCCUCUGGGGUCAUGUUCAUCGUAGCUGGCGUACUCUGCCUCGUCCCCGUCUGCUGGACGGCCCACACCAUCAUCCAAAACUUCUACAACCCGUUGAUGAUCAGCGCCCAGAAGAGAGAGCUGGUUGGCUCUGCUGGCUCAACGAUGGCUUCUCAAGGCCUCCAGCUGAUGGGCGUACUGUUAUCCUUCGUCGGCUGGCUGGGCACCAUCAUCACGUGCGCAAUGCCCAUGUGGCGAGUCACUGCUUUCAUCGGGGCCAACAUCGUCACGGCCCAGGUGAUCUGGGAGGGCCUGUGGAUGACCUGCGUGGUGCAGAGCACAGGCCAGAUGCAGUGCAAGGUGUACGACUCCAUGCUCGCGCUGCCGCAGGACCUGCAGGCCGCCAGGGCCAUGGUGGUCAUCUCCGUGAUCGUCGGCGUGUUCGGCGUCCUCAUGGCCGUGGUCGGGGGAAAGUGCACAAACUGCAUGGAGGACGAGGUGGCCAAAGCCAAGGCCUGCAUUGUCUCCGGUGUGAUCUUCAUCACGGCCGCCAUGCUGAUCAUGAUCCCCGUGUCGUGGUCAGCUCACGCAGUGAUCAGGGACUUUUAUAACCCCAUGGUGAUCGCGGCGCAGAGGAGGGAGCUCGGAGCUGCACUCUACAUCGGGUGGGGUUCGGCCGGGCUGCUGCUGCUGGGCGGAGGCCUGCUGUGCAACAACUGCCCCCCGAAAGACGGGAGACCCUACAUACCUGCCAAGUUCGCCCCUGCGAGAACCGUAGCCUCAAACAUGGACUAUGUGUGAGUGUUUCCUCCGACUGCAGUGUUUCAAAGAAUCAGCUGUAAUGUGCUAAAAAUGUUUUUGCUAAAGGUGAGAAAAAGGAACCACAUUACCUUCUACCGUGCUUAAUCAAGAACAAUUCCUCUUCUCAGUUUCUAAAUGUUAAUGAUUUUUACCAACUCUGUAAAUAUUUUACUAGAUAUUUCACAAAAUAACAUAGCACAACACAUUAGACUUCCUUUACUAGGGGAAACAAAAUGCCAUAAUGUUUUCACAAUCUUUUUUUCUUUAAGUUGCAAUGGCUGACAACCUGUUACAUUUCUCAGAAAACGACAUUUGCAUUAUAAAUACUAUGCAGUAACUCCCAUUACGAGUAAUUUCAAUAACAAAGAACUGAUUCAAUACAUCUGUAAUGUACAGACAUGCAUCACACUGUUUGCUACCCAGAUACGUUUUUUAAUAAGCUUUUAAAGAGAUAACUUUGAUACUGGACAAUGUUAACUUGAGAUAAUUUGUUUAAGUUUGUUUUUUUAAAUCCAAGUAUAUAAUGAAGUGACGAUCACUGCUGGACUCUCAGAUGUCUUUGAAAUGUCAUUAAUAAAGUGUGUCUGUUCAUACCCUU